AUGUACAUACCUACAACAGUCCUCGAUCCUGCGAUCUCGGCGACAACCCCAACUCUUGUGUUCGCUCCACUUGGAGGAGACCAGGGGAAUGCCACCGCGAAUGGGCUUCCGCCGGCAUGGACUGCCUUUCUGGCCCCGACCAAUGAUGUCAUUUCAGUUCAGCCGUGUUUCCUGAAUUGGGAAAUUUUCCAUUCUCCCGAUUUGGGCAACACACACGAGUGGCUGAUGCUCAACUUUCGAACCCCGAGGCCGGGCUCUGAGAGUUCUCAGUUUGGUGCUAGACGUUCAUCCAAAUCCCGACGGGUACCGGACACCCUUCGGAUUCCGGCAGGCUUGCUCAGAGAUGAAGUCCAGCUACGGGUACUUGGGAGUGAAGAGCAUGGCAGACCUGUCUGA